UCUCAACGACCACAAGUUAGAACUGGUUCUGUUCAGUUUCUUUCUAUUUCAAGAGUUGCGAGACGACGGGGGGAAAUCUGGCUGUUUUCUUCAUCCACGUGCUGCAACAAGGACCUGCAGGAUUAAAGCAGAAGAUUUUAGGAAUCUGCUGUUGAUUUCCAGUUGAUCUCCAGCUGAACUCCAGUUGAAAUUCUCCAGGUGCUUCAGCAUCAACAUCAGGAUGGCAGCGGCGGCUGAACCAGGUGAGCACAUGAACCAGGAGGAGGUCCUCAGAAACUCUACAGCAGCCUCGAGAUCUUGCCUCCUGGCAUGUCUGAGCUGAGGGUUGUUCUGCUGGGGAGCAGCUGGAGUCAGAGGAACUCAGUGGAUAACUUAUUACUGGACCACAACAACUUCAACACAGAAUCUCUCAGCUGCACCAGAACAACCAGGCAGUUUAGAAACAAACAUGUAACAGUCAUCAACACUCCAGACCUGCUGAGUCCUACAGAGGACAAACUGAACGAGUUCCUGAAACACUGUGCCGGAGUCUCUGAUCCUGGACCUCAUGUGUUCCUGUUGGUCCUACAUCCUGAAGACUUCAAUGAGGAACACAAAGAGACGCUCUGCAGAAUCCUUGAAACUUACAACGAUCAAUCAUUUGAUCAAUGCUUGAUACUGGUGACACCCAGACAGGAGAGCUCAGGGUUGAGGGAAAGCCACAUGGAAAAUCCAACAUUGAAAGAGAUGAUCAUAAAGUGCAGACACGGACACCUGAAGAUGAGGGACAUCGACCGUUCAGAGCUGCUGACACGCUUGGAUCAAAUUGUAAAAGAGAACAACGGAGAACAUGUGACCUAUGGAGUAUUUGAAGAAACAACUUCACCAGGUGAUCACUCAGGACAAAAAAGUUGGACAACUCGACUCAAAGGUGUUGGUAAAAAAAUGUUGUCUCCAAUGUCAAUGUUUUGGAGAAACCCUCCAUCUGAACUCACAGCAUCUGAACUCAGGAUUGUGCUGUUGGGGACAAGUGAGGACAAAAAGAAGAAACUUGUUGAUUUUAUCGUCCAGUCUCAAGAUUUCCAUUCAAAACAAGUCAUAGAUGUUUGGACUCAAAAAUCAUCAAGUUGUGUAGCCUGUGGAGAGUGGAGAGGGAAAACAGUAACAGUAGUGAACACACCAGACAUGUUCAGCUUAUCUAAGGAUAAAAUAAAAAGAGAGGUGGAUUGUUGUAUGGAGCUCUGUUCUCCAGGACCAAAUGUUCUGUUGCUGUUUGUGAAUGUGUCUAAUUUCUCUGAAGAGAACAGACUAAAGCUGAAGUUCAUCAUGAAGCUAUUUGGGCAAGAUUCCCUCAAACAUUCAAUGGUCAUCAUGACACAUAAAAAUGACAUGAGAGUCAGGGAACUCCUGGAAGAUUGUGAGGGAAGACACCACUACCUGUUUGCAGAUAACAAGGAAUCAUUGAUGGAGAAGAUUGAAAAAACAGCAAAUAAACUCAUACAAACCUCCAUGACUGAAGAGCAACAAAAUAAACCAGUUUUAAACCUGGUUCUGUUUGGGAGACAAGGGGCAGGGAAAACCUUGGCAGCCAAGGCCAUUUUAGGUGGGACAGACCUUCGUUCAGUCUCCAACUCACCAGUGUGUGUCCAGAAUCAAGGAGAAGUGUUUGGACGUCAGGUUUCCCUGGUGGAGCUGCCGGCCUUGGGUGAAAAACCUCCAGAGGAAGUGAUGGCGGAAUCAUUGAAGUGUGUCUCCCUCUGUGAACCUGAGGGCGUCCACGCCUUCGUCCUGGUCCUACCUGUGGAUCCACUCACCAAUGAGGACAAGAGGGAGCUGCAGACCAUCCAGAACACAUUCAGCUCUCGGGUCAAUGACUUCACCAUGAUUCUGUUCACCGUGGACUCAGAUCCCACCCAUCCAGAUGUGGUUAACUUUGUGGAAAAGAGCAAAGACAUCCAGGAGCUCCGCCAGAGCUGUGGAGGGAGAUCACUCAUCUUCAACAUUAAGAGUAAUCAGCAGGUCCCAGAGCUGCUGGAUGCUGUUGAAAAUAUAAACCAACUCAAAAACAUCUGCAGUUACUCAGCAAAAACAUUCACGAAGGUCCAAAUAGAAAGAGACGUACAAAAAGAGAGAGACAUCACUGCACUGAGAGCUGAAGUAAAGAAGCUGAAAGAAGCACAGAUGUGUGAUGAAGAGCAGCAGAGCUCAGACUCUCUCAGGAUCGUUCUGAUUGGGAAGACCGGCUGUGGAAAAAGCUCCUCAGGAAACACCAUUUUAGGAAGAAGAGAGUUUAAAGCUGAAUCAAACCCAUGUUCAGUCACCAAACGCUGUCAGAAAGAAGUGGGUGAAGUGGACGGUCGUGCUGUUGCUGUGGUCGACACUCCCGGUCUGUUUGACUCGACUCUGUCACAUGACGAGGUCAACGAGGAAACGCUGAAGUGCAUCAGUCUUCUGUCUCCAGGACCACACGUCUUCCUGGUGGUGAUGCAGAUCGGCAGAUUCACCCCCGAGGAGAAGGACACACUCAAACUCAUCAGGGAAGCUUUUGGCAAGAAUUCAGAACAGUUCACUAUCAUCCUUUUUACACGAGGUGACACAUUAGAACAUGAAGGAAAAUCUGUUGAAGAUUACAUCAAAGAGGGCGAUGACUCGUUUCAGAAGCUGAUCCAUGACUGUGGAGGAAGGUACCACGUGUUCAAUAACUAUGAUAAAAAUAAUCGUCAACAGGUCAGAGAUCUGAUAAGAAAGGCUGAUGACAUGUUGAAGAGAAACAGAGGAAACUGCUACACCAAUGAGCUGCUGCAAGAAGCUGAAGCAGCAAUAAAGAAGGAGAUGGAGAGAAUCCUGCAAGAGAAGGCAGAAGAAAUACAGAGAGAAAAGGAGGAACUCACACGAAAACAUGAAGAAGAAAUGCAAGAAAUGAAAAGAAAAAUGGAAGAAGAGAGAGAAAAACUACAAAAGCAAACUCAGCUGAAACUCAAGGAAAUGGAGGAAAAUAUAAAUAAAGAGCAAGAAGAGAAAAAGAGGGAACAGGAAAAGAGGGAAGAGGAGAGGAGGGAAAGGGAACGUAGUGACGAAGAACAUCGCCAGAGAUGGAACACACAGCUUGAAAUGUUGGACAAACAAAUGCAGUCAGAAAAAGAGGAAAAGAAAACCGUUAGCAGAGAGUUGGAACAGACCCGAGAAAAGAUGAGAAAGGAUAAGGAGGAUUUUGAGAAAGAACGUAAAGAAUUGGUGGAAAAACAAAAGAAAGAAGAUGAAGAGAGAACACAGAAGGAGCAGAAACAACUGAAAGAACUCGAGGAACAAUACAAGAAGGAAAGAGAAAUGUAUGAAAAUAAAAUGAAGGAGGAGGAAAACAUCAGAAGAGAAAAGGAGGAAAAAGAAAAAAAACUAUUAGAAGAAAAACUAGAAAAUCUGCAGAAGAAGUUUGAAGACGAAGUCAGGAAGAGUGCUGAAGAGAAAAAUGAAUUCCAGGAGAAAUAUAAGAAGAAACUGUCAGAUCAGAAGGAAGCACACAAGAGGGAGGUAAAGGAAAGAGAUGAAAAGUAUGACCUCUUAAAGGCCCUCAAAGAAACAACCGAAAAACAAAAGAGGGACAACCGUCUAAGAGAAAUCAAUGAGUUGGUAGUGGCUUUUUCAAUGAAACGCAAAAAUCUGAUCGAUGCCAAGGAAUUACUGAUGAGACAAGAGAAGGAAAUGAAAAGAGUAAAGGAGGAGGAAAAAGAGAACCUGCAGAAAAAUCAUGAAAUUGAAAUAAGUGCAAUGAUUGAAAGGUGUCUUGAUGAGAUAAAGACAAGUCAAAUGAGUGAAAUGAAAGAAUGGUUAUAUGAAAGUGAGAAAAAAUUCCAGUGCAGCAUUUUAUGAGUUGGUAGAAAUAUCUCUACAGUGGUCACAAAUAUUCAAGACUCAUACUUGGUGACAACUUCAAAUAUGUCUAAAGUGAGAAAAUCAACCUACGCUCCACAGAAUGAAAAACAGAUAGACAAAGGGGAUUUUUAAUUUACCUAGAUAUUUAUGUAUAAACAGACAAACCUAUGUAUACACACCCCAAAGACUAAGAAAUCUAAAAUUAGAGAAGAAUAAUAAAAGAUAAAAGGAAAAUAUAUUCACAAAAUAUAAAUAACAAUCUGAUUUUCCACCAAUGGUAAACCACUAAUUGUGUUUUAUUUUGUACACAUUUGUCACAGCUGCUGGUUCAAAGGUUUGUGUUCGGACUCCUUCCUUCACUGUUAUUCUGUAACAUAAACAACACCGUGGAUUCUUGUGUCUUUGCCAUGGCUCAAUCAGGUGGUCAGAAGUCUCUUCUAAGGUAGAUUGGCUUUUAACCGGUGGCAUCGUCACCAGUUACCAAACUCUGUUAUUUUGGUAAACCUAGGACUUUUAUUGCCCAGAGUCCAGUAUGAAAACUUCAAGUACUUGCAGUUAAAGUAAGAGGUUUUCCUGUAAGAUUUAUAAGUUAAUUGCUAUAAAUGUUCAUUUGUUUUUGUUUUUUAAAGAGGUGAAUUAUAUUGUCUGUUCUAUGCAGAACAUUUGAAUGAUUGUUUAUGUUUUUUUCAUUAUAAAGUAGUAAUCAUGUUUUGUGAUUUUAGAGGUAAAAAUGUACACUGUAUAAGAGAUUAAAA